CAUGGUGUGACCUCACGGCCAACAGAUAGCAACACAAACUCUAUCAGCUCCACCAUGUCCAUGUAAAAAUAUGCAGAAACAAGAACCAAUUUCAAGUAUUUACGUAAAAAGUACCAUUCCUAAUGCCCCUUAAUUAAGGCUUGUGCAACUCUGGAGUUUAUAGAAGUCGGAAUAUUCCUUCUUGGAGCUGCAUCUCAUGUUGAGGAUUUUUGACACGGAUGAACCUGAGUAACGUUGGCAUUUGUGGUUGAUGUUUGUACCGAAUCAAUCGUGUACACAAUUUCUUGUUCCAUUGCAUUGCCAUGCCAUUGAGUUAACAUUGUACAUGUUGUAUGCAUGUUCAUGUAUUCGAAUGCGGGUUUGGUUGUUUUGACGGUUCACCAGAUCCAGACAAUUGGAAUUAAGUCGGCCAAUGGUGUCACAAUUAGCAAGAAGCUAACCCAACACCAGUCGUAGUAGGCCUAUAAAGACAAUGUCAGCUGGGCCAGCAGUGGACAAAAUUGACCCCUUCACAAAAAAGUCUAUGCGAAAGGGGAAACAGAAAAAGUCGCAAGGCUCAUCAAAAUAUCGGUCGAAGAACAGCAUAGAAUUGCAGCCUCUGGCUUUAAUAAAGGACACGCCCCAGCCGGAGAAGCACGACCUAGUGGUCAAGAAGCUAGGCCAGUGCAGCUGUGUGUUUGACUUCAUGGAUGCAGUCUCAGACUUGAAGGGUAAAGAGAUCAAGCGAGCCAGUCUGAAUGAGCUGGUGGACUACAUCACCACGGAGAGGGGCGUCCUCUCAGAAGAGCUGUAUCCAGAAGUCAUUCAUAUGAUAACAUGUAAUAUCUUCCGUACACUGCCACCUAGUGAAAAUCCCGACUUUGAUCCUGAGGAGGACGAUCCUACAUUAGAGGCAUCAUGGCCGCAUUUGCAGAUUGUCUACGAAUUUUUCCUACGAUUCCUGGAAUCGCCCGAGUUCCAGCCCAGCAUAGCCAAGAAAUUCAUCGACCAAAAAUUUGUUAUGCAGCUACUGGAGCUGUUUGACAGCGAAGAUCCCCGCGAGAGAGACUUCCUGAAGACAGUGCUUCACCGCAUUUACGGCAAGUUCCUGGGCCUGCGCGCCUUCAUACGUAAACAGAUCAACCACAUCUUCCUCAGGUUUAUUUAUGAAACGGAACACUUUAAUGGAGUAGGAGAAUUACUAGAAAUCCUUGGCAGUAUAAUCAAUGGGUUUGCGCUGCCCUUGAAGAAUGAGCACAAGCAGUUUCUCAUCAAGGUUCUCAUCCCUCUACAUAAGGUCAAAUGCCUCAGCCUUUAUCAUGCGCAGUUGGCGUACUGUGUAGUGCAGUUCUUAGAGAAAGAUGCUACACUCACAGAGCAAGUCACAAAAGGGCUGUUGAAAUACUGGCCGAAAACUUGUAGUCAAAAAGAAGUCAUGUUCCUGGGUGAGAUUGAGGAGAUCUUGGACGUGAUAGAACCCUCCCAGUUUGUCAAGAUCCAGGAGGUGUUGUUCAAACAGCUUGCCAGGUGUGUUGCAAGUCCCCACUUUCAGGUAGCAGAGAGGGCGCUUUACUUCUGGAAUAACGAAUAUGUAUUGAGUCUGAUUGAGGAGAAUUCAGAAAGCGUAAUGCCCAUCAUGUUCCCCAGCCUAUAUAGGAUAUCAAAGGAACACUGGAACCAGACUAUAGUUGCUCUUGUCUACAAUGUACUCAAGACAUUUAUGGAAAUGAACAGCAAGCUGUUUGAUGAUCUAACAUCUGGUUACAAAGCAGAAAGGCAAAAGGAGAAGAAGAAAGAGAAAGAACGAGACGAAUUAUGGAAGCGCCUGAGCAAGCUAGAGAUGAAUAAUGCUGCUAAUAAAACCAGCAACGCCAAGUAAAAGGCUUUCACCCUUCCAGCGGCAAGCCAACCCCCCUAGCCUGUCGGCCGGCAGCAACUCAGCUCAGCUCGACUUCAGCUCAGCUCAGGCGAAUCACAUCAUUGUUUGGCAGUUGACUGCCAAAGUGUUUUUUUGUGUGUGAUGCUUGCAUCUUUUUUUCUUUUUUUUUUAAUAAAAGACUAAUUAUCAGCAUCACAGAGAAAAUGUCGCAUACGAAGUAACCUCCCUUGUUUUUUACAGAAAAUUAAGAAUUUGUUGCUUAAACACCAUCUUAAGCUGAUAUUGAGUGUUCUUGUGGAAGCAUCAGGAUUGUCUUACAGGCACUUUGUGGAUGAUUUAAGGUUGCUUUAAGGUUACCUUGAGGUCACUUUGAGGUCAUCCUGAAGUUAACUUGUGAUUGCCUUGAGAUUGCCUCGAGGACGCUAGGUGACUUCUCUUUUUAUGGAGAAGAUAUGUUGAUGUCACAUUGGGUUUGUCUUGAGGUUUCCUCGAGGUCAGCAUGAGGUUACCUUGCUGUUACUUUUAGGGUAGCCCCAAGGUUACCUUUAGGUUACUUUAAGGUUACCUUGUUGCUACAUUACAGUUACCUUAAGACUGCUGGAGAUUACCUGGCGGUUACCUUGAGGUUAUCUUGAUGUUCCCUUGCAGUUAUCUUGAUGUUAUCUUGAUGUUGCUUUGAGGUUAUCGUGAUGUUACCUUGAGACUUUCCAGACACUUUUUGAGGUUUGGUCUCAUCUAACCACGGCAUUCCCUCAGCUGCUACGGUUUCACUCGGUCAUGGUAUUCAUGAGAGAAAUGCUGGUGUAAUAGUGAACAUUUAAAUAAGAACCCCUAGCUUACCUGUGAUUUCCUCCCUUCUAAGAGAGUUCUGUUUGUCUUUUAUAGGCUUCCUUUUAAUAUUCAAAUAAUAUCGCAGGUUCUUUCCCCCCCCCCCCCCUUGAAAUCUUUGGCAGUAAGGGCCGCUCUGGUAAUGCAAGCCGGAACUUGGAAAACAAUUGCAAAUGAUUUUAACUGUGAACGAGGCAAUAGAAUGUUCCAAUGUUUGUAAAUGUAAUUGUGAAAAUGUGUUGUGCUUGAAACGUGAGUAAGGAGUGAGCGUUUGAGCAAGCGAAUGAGUGUUGAGUAUGUGAGAUGUUUUAUUCGGCUCGAGUCAGUUGUUUAGGGCCUCUGUACUUACAACCAAUCAAAUGCACGAACACGGCGGAAAGCUGGAUACAACUGUAAUAUUGAAUCAGAUUGGGAAUUGUUUUUAUUACAAACUAACCCUUGUCUUCACUGAAAAUACAAAAAAACCAGGAAAAUUAUUGUACAUUGUGAAAUGAAGAGUUGUUGAAUGACUUGGAUUGAAGAAAGAAGAGAGUGGUUGUGCGUGUUUUCUUCACCACUCUUUUAAGCAGUUCUUUUUAUGAUUGUAUAAGUCGAAGUAUUCAGUAAACAGUUUUGUGGCGCUAUCUUGUUUCCUUUCUUCUUUUGUUUUGUUUUUGUAAUGUGUAGAAAGGAGAAUUCUCCCAAAGUUUCAACAAACGGUAAAACUUACAAUGGAAUACUGGAAAGGUUUGUUUCACUAGAAUAUCAGAGACCCCAUAAACCAUAAAACAUGUAUUGGGCAUUUACCCAGAUUUUUUAAUGUCAGAUCUGAUUGGAUGAUUCAGGACGCCAAACGACCGGUCCCCCGAGUCAUUGUAAAAUGUUAGAUAUGCAUACAAUUGUUACAAUUGCACACACACCAAUGGGAGCUGGUUACCAACAGCAGUAUUUCAAACAAAUAACUUUUUUUUUUAUAAAUGUAGUCGAGAAUUAAUUGUAUUUGAACUUGGAUUCUUGUGUUGUACGCGUUUCAAGGAUGUUAGGGAACGUCUUCGGUACACAUGAAGUCUUGUUCGUACCAUUUGGUGCAGUGAAUAACUCUCAGAAUAAUGUACAUUUACAAUCUUGCUUUAAAAAAAAAUGAUUUUAAGGUUUUAAGAAAACAAAAAACAGGGGAAACUUUGUUCAUGGCAGCUCCUGCAUUGUGCUGUCCUUACGAAGAUCUUUGAUGCAAAACUCGGCCUGGAGCUUUUGUCAGUGACUUCGCAAGCCAGAUAUGAUCAGAUGACCCCUUGUAAUCCCCGGUCCCUUCAGAUUUCCUUUCAUGGUCUGUGAAUAAUUAUGUAUGGCUGACCUGCGAAAUGCCAGAUAAAACCUGUAGAGUAAAAAAAUAGUGACAGUCGGCGGAGCGUAACACACAAUAUGCAGUCCAAACCAAAUAUUUCGAAUUGAUUACUUGUAAAAAAAUUAUAUCUUUGGGGCAAUACUAUGAUAAAAAAAAAAUUGUGUACAUGUUUAUAUAAUAUUUAACAGGCAAAAAUUGAAAAAGUAAAAAAAAAAAUUAUAAUAACUGAAAGAAAAGUGAAGAUAAGAUUGGUGUUUUGUAAUAUUGUAUCGUUUCAGAGAUACCGAAUCUGAAUGUUGCUGAUAAUUUUGUGUUGAACCAGUUGGUCCACAGACGACCAAUUUUUUAUAUACUCGGUUGCACUCGAACCAAAAACCCCCAAAAGCUAUUGGUGUGAUUCCUGUAGGGUUGUUUGCGUGAGAGAAUGUGUACUCGAGUCUGAGCCUGUUACCUAAAGAUACAUUUUUCCUCCAAACCCAAGUAGCUGAAGAAGACAAAACAAUAUAAAAAUGCUUAAUUUUGUAAGUACUGUACAGUGCUGUCAAUAGCACACAGUACACUUUUCAUAUGUAUUCUAAAGUUGAGAGCUUGCCUGCAAAAAACACUCACCAGAACACAAAUGAGGAUUCCUUUUGGUCGUCACUAACCUUAAAAAAGUCAAGACCGGAUUUAAAAAAAAAAAAGUUUGUCCAUGUUACCUUUGAUUUGUGUUCUUUUGUAUCUCGUUUAUAACCAAUCCUAUGAUUGGGUUGAUUUCGUAUUGGAAACAUGAACGAUUGUGUGUGACCACUGUUUAAUUUUACAUUUUUACAUGGUUGCAUUUUACAAAGUAAUAAUGAGAAUUUUAGUGGUUGGACUCCUUAAACCUCUGUGAACUCGCGUACUCAUAUUUGAGAUACUACUAUCAUUAGCGAUAUCAUUGUAUACUUUUAUGUCUUUAGUUCUUCAUAACAAGAACUUCACAACUUGACAAGUUUUUUAUCUCAUGUAAGUGUACACCACAUUCUGUGAAUGUUUCAAUAUUCUCAGAAAAAGGGCACUUGCAGUCCGUUUCCUACAGGAACAAGUAAUGGGCACCACAAAUAAAAUGGCCGCCAGUGGUGAUAUCAAUUUUUAACAAUGUCUGGUUCCUAGAAGACACCAAAUGGGUAAUAUGUGUAUUGCUCACACGUGAGAAACUUGGUCAGCGGUUUGAGCGUUUUAUUUUUGGGUGGUCUUCUGUUAGACUGUUCGAUCGAUACCAACGACAUAACUUGUUAUUUGUACCAGAUGAACUGAUGCAGGCAGAGCUAUCCAUAUAAAAAAAAUUACUUGUAAAUAAAUGCUGAGUAUAUAGCAGUAUGGAAUCUCCACAUCAGAGGAUAAUAGUUUUAUUGAGAUAACAGAAAUGAAUUGUAGAACUACUUAGGCUUACUAAAUACAUGUUUUAUACAAAAAUAAAACCUAUCAAGAGAUUGGAGUCAAGCUUGGUGGAGUUGAACGUUUUAAAAAGAAAAAAUUACAUACAUUGCACAUCUGUGAUCAUACCUUUGAUUUGCUUUUUUUUUGUUAUUAAGAUGAAAAGAUUGGCCAUUGUAGCAUGGUUUUUCAUUAACGAGAUCUGUAAAUGUGUAAAUGUCUGUGCAUUACGUAAAAAAAAAAUGGAGAAAAAAUUAACAAAAAGCUGAAAUGGUUGCACAUAUUUCUUAGUUGAAAAAAAAAACCGAGGGAACUUAUAGCAUUCAUCCAUUUUUUGAAAUCAUUGCAUUGUAUCAUUGUUUCAUUGUCUACCUGGAUAUUGGGCUGGCUCCUUUGAGUAUUAAUACACAUGUAAAAUUGAUAAAUGAUUGAUAUAUUAAAAAAGAAAAAUGAUAAAUUAUGUAAGUUAAGUGUGUUAGAGAUUUUGAGUUGUCACUAUAUAAUGGAGGUAGCAGCUGGCCAAUCGCAUUGCUUCUCUCAUCCAUCAUAACCAAUCACAGCAUAGUAAAGUGCCAUCAUAAACCAAUACAGACUAUGCACUGUCUUUCUUCGUAAUCUUCGAAUAAAAAAUACUUGAUCCCGUUGUAACAUUUCUCAUCUUUAGUGUAUUUUAAAGUACAUAACGUGUAUUCGAUUAUGUAACAUUUACAUGAAUUUUUUUUUUAUUGUGAGAGCCGUACAUGAGAAAAUACAUGUAUUUGAUUACAAGAAGUGUAUUCUGGGUAAAACCUCCUCCUUCUGUAUGGGUUUAAGAUGGCAACGUUUAGCAAUCCCAUUAGAUGAGCUUGCUGUGUGAUGUCAGUUGAACCUGUACUACCUGUAGCCACAUGGUCCACUGCAUGCUUCGUUUCUUUGUUUCCAUUUUUUUAAUUUUGAAGAGGAUCGAUAUUCUGUUCUGUACAAUACCUCUUGUUAUAAGAUGGAAAUUACGAAUAAUAAAUGAUUGAAUUGGAGACCUGACUCUCCAAUCCCACAAGUUCAGGAAUUCUGAAAAAGUAA